AUGGCAACCAUAACAGAAACAGUGACCAACCCGUACUCCCUCUCGACAACGAAACAAUAUGAGCCAAUCUCAAUUCCGCCUUUUGACCCCGCAAUCCAUUUGGAUUUCACCCCUCCCACCAAAAGAUACACAUUCACCUCCCUUAAUCUUCCAAAGCCUGCUACAGCACCCGACACGUGCUUCACAGAGCCCUUCCAACUGUUUUCCGAUGAAGGAGUUCGAAUGAUAAGAAGAGACUUAUUGAGGAAAGAGGUCUUGGAUAAGCACCUGAAAGCUUGGGAUCGGGCGCCGGGAUAUAUUGGAGGUGCUGAAGAGACAACCAAAUGGGUGACCUCCACGUGGCACCACCCUGCCGUAACGGCAUGUGUGAGCGAAGUCUUCGGUCUCCCACUCAAUCUCCUAGGUCGAAAAGGCGAAGUUGGUUAUGUGAACGUACAACUCGGCCCCGAAGGACGAGAAGGAGUGUAUAAACUAGGAGAAACUCCAUCUCCUCCUCUGUCUUCUGACAGCAUCGAGGACAACGAAGGACAGAACGAUGCAUCAAUGAUCGACUCUUGGCAUAAAGACUCCACGCAGGUUGUCGUAGUAGUGAUGCUGAGCGACUGCAGCACUAUGCUUGGAGGUGAGACUGCUGUCAACGCCUCGGGAACGAUCCUCAAAGCUCGAGGUAUGAAAGCAGGGUCCGCAGUUGUUAUGCAGGGAGCCCAUACUCCGCAUGCGGCAUUGAGAAGUUGGAAUUCGGCAGAGAGAAUUAGUAUGGUGACCAGCUAUGGGUUCGUAGAUGUGGACAGAGAUGAUUCAGGAACAAGUCUGAGGAGUACAAGCCCUGGGCAUCAUGAGUGGGAUAAUGUUAAAGGUCACUUUUUGGAGUGGAAAUUGGGGAGGCUGAGAGAACGAGUCAGUAAGAUGGAAGAGAAAGUGCUGGAAAAGAGGAGAAAUGGAGGUAGCGGCAUGGAAGAGAUGGAGAAAGAACAGAUCGAGGGAUGGGUGAAAGAGCAGAUAACAUUUCUGAAACAGAUGAGUUGGGAGUUGUGUGAGAGGUAUCCGAAGUUUCUUUACAAGGAUGUCCCUGAAGGAGCGCAGAGAAAAUAUUUAUCUGAUAUAUGA